AUGUCAUUUGUUUAGUUAUAACUUGCAGUAUUAUUUUGGACACUGGGUGGCGGUCAUGAGAUGCACAGGGUUGUAUAUUUAGGGGCAUAGGUGACAGGAAACGGAAGGCACAGGCAGGUGGGGCACAUACAGUUCUUCACAGAUCGGGAACAGACGCACACUACAGCUGGCAGGAUAGAAACCCGGUAUGUUCAUGUCAUGUACAAAGACUAAAACAACAAACUAAACGGCAGCCAACGGACUGGAAAAUCUGUUCUUGAAUCUGCGUAAGAUCACUCCUAACUUAACCUACCUGUGUAGUAAUGGUAAACCGGAAAAACAGGAAAAGAAAGGACAUCAAAAAAUGAAAAUUGCCAUUACACCUAAGUAAGAACUCGCUCUUCGAGUGAAAUUGGAGCUCGUGAGUCAUUCGGACGGACUGAGCAUUGUCACGCGGAACAACAAAGAGGACGCCGCCAUUUCCAAACCAGGUGGACAUCUUCGUCACCUGCGCUUACCUGACGGUGAUUGAAAACCGCAAACUGAGUGAGUACAUGCAAGCAUUAAGCUUUAUUGGAGAAGCUAUAUGCGAAGCCGUAUUGGAAGACGGCUAUUAUAAUGGAGUUGGUGGACUGAAGACUGAAAGCUACGAUCGCACAUCGAUCAGCUGUUUGAAACAUUGUGCCGGCAGCAUACGGCUUUCGUCAACAAGUCUUAAAGAGACAGUGAACAAAUAUGUCUGUUGUUAAGUCUGAUGCUCAGUCACAAGAUGACGAUGUUGAAAAGGAAAAAAGGGUUAUCAAACACACUGCCAAAGGCUUGGAAUUGUUCAUUGCAAAUUGUCAAAAGACACGAAACAGAAAAUGUAAACAAGCUAACAAGUUGAUGGAAAUGCUGAAAGAGCUCAUGAAAUUAAAGGAAAAUGCAAGAGAAGUACAAUCUAAUUUGUUUCAAUUAAUCAAGCUCUGUGAUGAAGCCAAGGAAAACCAUGAAUCACUGGUGAAUUUACCACUGCCUGAAGAUGAACUUGAAAAGCAAAAUCAGUGGUUUCAACGAAAAAUGGAAAUCUUUAAAGGGUGUAUACAAAAUGUAAAGGUGUGGUUACCUGAGGCUGGACAGCAAAUUGCACACUCCGUUGCUGAAAGUGUCAUACUACAAAGUGUAGUAAAUUCAGAUGACAUUGGACCUGAUGACAGUGUUUCAAAUGCCUCAAAACCUAAAUCAAAGCACAAAUCCAGUUCUUCAUCACGUGCAUCUUCAACAUCCUCUGCUUGCAUUAAAGCUCAGGCAGAAAAGGCUGCUCUCAUGGAACGUGUUGCUGCCCUGAAGAAAAAACAUGAGCUUGAGGCACAAGAAGAACAAUUGAAAAGAAAGAAAGAGCAACUGGAACUAGAAACUGAACUGGCAGCAACCAAUGCAAAAAUCAACAUACUUGAGGCCUUGGGAUCAAGAAGCAGCUCUAGAGUUUCUGAUGGGAUGAACUCUUAUUUGAGAAAAGGAACUGCUCAAAAUGAAACAUCAGCUAAAUUAAAUCCACACACAAAUGAAUAUCUACCAGAUCAAGUGCAGCAAAGACAGAAUGUGUUGAUAGAAACUGACUCUUCUUCCCAGCAACAGGUUGUUAGACCAAAAGAAACAGCUCACGGACCAUCUGUUCGACCUCAUGAUACAACCCAUCUAAUACAAUAUUCUCCUCAAAGGCAAAAUGUACAGAGUCAUAUGCAGGGGCAUGUUCGCACUACACCCCCUGUAUUGAAUGAUGGCAAUCAAGGUGAUAUGUGUAACCUAAUACAGAGGCAAAAUGACAUCACUGCUCUCCUGGCUCAACAAAGUCUCUCUUCUACUUUACCACCAAGAGUCAUUCCUGUUUAUGAUGGUGAUCCUUUACAGUACGAAGUUUUCCGCAGGGCAUUUGAGAGAGGAGUGGAAAAAAAGUGUGAUGACUACAGUGACUGCUUGCAUUUCCUAGAGCAAUAUACAAGAGGGCUUCCAAAAGACUUAGUCCGCAGCUGUCAACAUCUGCCCCCAGCCCAGGGCUAUCAAAGAGCAAAAGAUCUGCUCAAAGAACAUUUUGGUAAUGAACAUAAGAUUGCCACUGCAUAUAUGGACAAAGCAUUUGCCUGGUCAGUGAUCAAAUCAGAGGAUGUGGAAGCAUUGCAAGCAUUCUCACUGUUCCUUAGAGGUUGUUGCACUGCAAUGGAACAUCUCACCUAUAUGGAGGAAAUGAAUGUUGCUUCCAGUAUGAAGACCAUCCUUCUGAAACUGCCUUACAGGCUCAGAGACAAGUGGAGAAGUAGAGCAUGUCAGUUACAGGAGCAGCGUGGACACCGAGCUAGAUUUCCUGACCUGGUAGACUUCAUAGAGAGACAAGUGAAAAUACUAUCAGAUCCACUUUUUGGAAACAUUCAGGAUGCUAAGCCAGCUGCAACUGUCAAAAGCUCUACUAAAACAAGAGAAAAGUCAAGACCUAGAGGAAGCAGUUUUGCAACAGCUGUAACACCUGUAAAAACAUCAGUACAAGAAAAUUUGACAACAAAUGGAAUGAAAGGAAAUGUACCUACUACCAAUUUUCAAAGUUCUUGUUUGUUCUGCAACAAGAGUGGUCACACAUUGGGGCGGUGUCCACAGAUCAGGAAGAAGAUGCACAGAGAAAAAAUAGACUUCUUAAAGGAGAAGGGAGUCUGUUUUGGAUGUUUAAAAAUAGGACACAUGAGCAAAGACUGCAAGAGUCGUUUGACUUGUGAUGUGUGCAACCAAAAUCAUCCUGAAAUACUUCACAUUGAACAAAAGGACAAAGGAAAAAAAACAGAACAUACAGAACAGAGUGAAAAAGCAACUGGGAGUAAUGCUGUUCUCUCACCUCAUACAUGUGGGCAUAUUGGGGCCGGUGAUGAAAACUGUACCUUUUCCAUUGUACCAGUACAAGUAAAGAGCCAAAAGGGGGACACAGUGUUGCAAACAUAUGCAUUUUUGGAUCAUGGAAGUACAUCUACCUUUUGCACAGAAAGCUUGAUGAGAAGGCUGAACAUAACAGGGCAAAGGACCAAUAUUCUUUUACGUACCAUGAACCAAGUGAAGCCUGUGACCAGUCAUCAUAUCUCAGGUUUGGAAAUAUCUAGUCUGGACAAAGACUAUUUCAUUCAAAUAUCUGAUGUGUUCACACAUAAAACCAUGCCUGUUUCCCAGCUCAACAUUCCCAGACAAGAAGAUCUGACACAAUGGCCUUACUUGAAGGAUAUCAUGAUUCAUGAAAUAGACUCUGGCAUUGACCUACUCAUCGGGACAAAUGCUUCAAAGGUAUUGGAACCUUGGGAGCUGGUCAACAGCCAAGGGGAUGGACCAUAUGCUGUGAGGACCCUACUGGGGUGGGUCAUCUAUGGUCCCCUGAGAGGAGACAAAAGCAUAAGGGAUGAAAAUGGCUGCCCUGCUGCUGCUGUCAAUCGAAUAUCCAUUGUAAACUUGGAGGAGCUACUGGUCAAACAGUACAAUCAUGACUUCAGUGAAGGAACCAGCAAGGAAACAGAGGAAAUGUCUAGGGAAGAUGUAAAAUUCUUGGACAUUGUGAAUCGCUCAGCAAAAGUGACAGAUGGACACUACUGCCUAGACUUACCUUUCACACAAGAAAAGCCCAGCAUGCCAAAUAACCGUUGCAUUGCAGUGCAGCGCAUCCAGAGCCUGAAACGCAAGUUUGCCAAGAAUAAGAAAUUUCAUGAUGAAUAUAAAUCUUUCCUCACAGAAAUGAUUGUCAAUGGUUAUGCUGAAGUGGUACCAGUCGACCAGCUGAAUCGAAGCGAUGGAGAACUCUGGUACAUCCCACAUCACGGAGUGUAUCACUCAAAGAAAGGAACCUUAAGGGUAGUGUUUGACUGUGGUGCAGUCUUUAAAGGAACAUCACUUAACUGCCAAUUGCUGCAGGGUCCAGACCUUACCAACUCACUCAUUGGAGUUCUCAUCAGAUUCAGACAAGAGCCGGUUGCUUUGAUGGCUGACAUCAAAGCAAUGUUUCAUCAAGUCAGAGUAUCAGAAAAGCAUGUUGACUAUCUGCGAUUCCUGUGGUGGCCCGAUGGUGAUGUGCAGCAAGAUCUUGUUGAAUACCGGAUGAAAGUACAUCUCUUUGGAGCCGUGUCGUCACCAAGUUGUGCAAACUUUGCAUUAAGGAAGACUGCUGAUGACAACAAAGGUCACUUUCCAUCAGAGGUAACAAACACAGUAAAGAACAACUUCUAUGUAGAUGAUUGUUUGAAAUCCCUGCCUUCGGAACAGGAAGCAGUUCAAAUGGUAAGAGACCUGACUGCUCUCUGCAAAAUGGGAGGAUUCAUGCUGUCAAAGUGGAUCAGCAACAGCCGUGUUGUAUUGGCAUCCAUUCCCCAAGAAAACCGAACCAAAGAGACUAAGGAGUUGGACUUGGACAAAGACAAUCUGCCAAUGGAAAGAGCCCUGGGAUUGCACUGGUGUGUUGAAACAGAUGUCUUCAAGUUCAAAAUUGCUGCACAGGAACGACCAUACACCAGACGUGGCAUCUUGUCCGUAGUCGGCUCUAUAUACGAUCCUUUAGGAUUUGUAGCACCAUUUACUCUGCCAGCCAAACUGAUUAUGCAGGAGCUCUGUAAGAAAAAACUUGGAUGGGAUGAAAACAUACCCCAAACCUUCUUGCAUCGGUGGACAGGAUGGCUAGCAGACCUUAACAAGAUGGCAGAGUUUAAAGUAGACCGGUGCAUGAAGCCCACAAGCUUUGGUCAAAUCAGAUUUGCACAGCUACACCACUUUUCAGAUGCCAGUGAAAGUGGCUAUGGUACUGCCUCAUAUAUAAGACUGGAAAACUAUAACAGAGAAGCGCAUGUUGCAUUCAUAAUAGGAAAAUCCAGAGUGGCACCAUUGAAACAAAUAACGACUCCCCGAAUGGAGCUCACAGCUGCAGUCCUAGCUGUCAAAGUUGACACAAUGCUGCGAAAGGAAUUACAGCUUCAACUGGACAAAUCCAUCUUCUGGACCGAUAGCACAACGGUGCUUAAAUACAUCAACAACGAAACCAAACGCUUCCAAACAUUUGUAGCAAACAGGACCUCUUUUAUAAGGGAUGCUACUGAUGUAUCACAAUGGAGAUAUGUUAACACAAAGGAAAAUCCUGCAGAUGAAGCCUCAAGAGGACUAACAGCAGACCGCUUCUUGAGCUGCAAAAGAUGGAUCCAGGGACCAGAUUUUCUCUGUAAGCCAGACAGAGAAUGGCCAAAACCUCACUUGGAAUCUGCAAUCUCUGCUAAUGAUCCAAUGGAUCUGGAAGCACUCACACCAAACCAUCUUCUUCUGUUGAAGUCUAAGCCAAUACUACCACCUGGACUCUUUGUAAAAGAAGACUUGUACAUCAAACGCAGAUGGAGACAAGUGCAAUACAUGGCAGAUCUCUUUUGGAAACGGUGGACACAGGAAUACUUACCUCUUAUCCAAGAACGACAACGGUGGUCAAAGGUGAAAAGAAGCUUUGCUCCAGGUGACAUUGUUGUGGUGGUUGAUUCUACUGCACCACGAGGCUCAUGGCUAAUGGGCAGAAUACUGGAAACUAAACCAGAUGCACAAGGACUUGUGCGCACAGUUCGACUUCAGACAAAGAGCAGCAUCUUGGAAAGACCAAUAACAAAGAUAUGUCUGCUCCAAGAAGCCGAGACCUAAACGGCAAGAAAAAAAGAAAAAAAAAAGGAAGAUUGAAGAAUCAGUAAAGAAGAUUAAUGCCAACACAUAGAUGCAUUUUUUGAAAAUUGUAUAUGUAAUGUAUAAUGGAUAUGGCACCUUUUUUAUUAUUUAUUGGUAAUUGUUUUGUUAUAUACUUAAAACAAUUAGGGGAUGUGGAUUCGUUCUUGUAUUUACUCAUCUUCAAACAUUUUAAAAUAAUUUUUGUCAUCAGGAAAUUCCUAACACUGUCAACAUUUAGCAUGUUAGCAUUCUAACCAAUAAUAUCAUGCUAACAUGCUAAAUGUGACUUUUGUAACACGCUACAGUAAAUUUAGCAUGUUACAAUUCAAAAUGUGGUAACACUUGAUAUGACGCCCAUGAUUAUAAUACAUUUUUAACAUACUUGUAAUGCAGUGUAAUCUGCUUAUAGCACUGUAUAAUUAUAGUUCUAAGCACUCAUAAAUAUUCAUAAUGCUGUAAUAAUCAUAACACAUUAUGAUGUAUUCUAUAAUGACUUAUAAGGCCAAGUAUCGUAAUACUUAAUUGCUGAUCACUCACUGACCUUUUUUUUUCAUAGUGAUCAUAGUGUAUUAUAAUUCUCAUAGUUGUAAUGCAUUAUAAAAUGAUUAUAAUGUCUCAAUUAUCACUGUUAUAACGCAUUAAAAUGUGAUUGUAAGUUACUUUAAGUGGUCAUUGUUUGCUUUAAGUCAAGUGAAAAAAAUAUCAUUAAAUCUAUGCAAAAACACUCAGGACCCUAUUUUAACGAUCUAAGCGCACGGUCUGAAGCGCAUGGUACAAGUGCAUUUAGGGUGU